GCGCGGGUGAAUCAUCCGCCCUGUUCUCGAAGCUAGGCAGCUCAUUUUUUGGGGCCACCAAUUCACCCCAAAAGGUCGUUACCAACAUCCGUGGAUUCCUUUCCAAUCGGUUGACCGGAGUUUCCAUUCCCGAUACAGGUUGCCAACUUGGAAGCGACGACGACGACGAAGGUACCCCACAUGUGAGCGAGAGAUAGACGCGUGUAGGCAGGAAGACGAUCCACCACACAAGGGUAGAAUCCAAAAAAAAUCGAACCUAAAAGUGAAGGGUUCACUAGCUGGUUUGCUCGUCGACCCACAGGGUCAGCCACAAUCACCGCCUUUACAAUUACGCUAACGACAGCGGCGGCGACGACGACGACGACGACGACAACGACGACGAUCAGGUCAACCAGCAGGAAACGGCAACCCAAUGAUGCCCUGCUUAGAAAGGUGCAUCAACGUGACACGACAAAUCGCCGCGGACAGCUAAGAGCAUUAGCAUCGACGACGGCGCACAAAGGUCACUCCAAUCUCCAAUAGAGCAAACUCGGGUGAAGAGCGAAACGCUCAUCGAACGAUCAACGCUGCUUAAGUAUAAACAAAUUGAUUGAGUGAUCUUCCGUUGCCUAAAUAGACUGAAAUUAGUAAAAAAAAAUCGUGAUGGCGCCGUUACCGAUCAUCAACCUCGAACCGAGCGAGGUCAAGGAAAUCUUCUGGACCAAAGUGCAGGAGCCGACGUCUCAGCGCAAGCUGAUCCUGGUGAUCGUCUCGAUUGCACUGCUACUAGAUAAUAUGUUGUACAUGGUGAUCGUACCGAUCAUUCCAGACUAUCUACGGUACAUAGGAACGUGGGGACCGGAGGAACCUCUUAAUACGAGCGCCCCAACGACUGUUUUUACGCCACAUGCCCACGCUCACAAUGGGCAGGACUCCGCCACGGGAGUUCUGUUCGCGUCCAAGGCCAUUGUGCAGCUGAUGGUGAACCCGUUUUCCGGGGCGUUAAUCGACAGAAUCGGGUACGAUCUCCCGAUGAUGGUCGGCCUGCUGAUCAUGUUUUUGUCGACGAUGGUGUUCGCCUGCGGUAGAAGCUAUAGUAUGCUAUUCUUUGCCCGGUCUCUUCAGGGCGUUGGAUCAGCGUUUGCGGACACUUCGGGCUUGGCGAUGAUUGCCGAUCGGUUUACAGAAGAAGCGGAACGUUCCAAAGCACUGGGUAUUGCACUGGCGUUCAUCAGUUUUGGAUGCUUGGUGGCACCGCCAUUCGGGGGAGCUUUAUAUCAGUUCGCCGGAAAGGAGGUUCCUUUCGUGAUCCUAGCGCUGAUAUCGUUAAUGGAUGGAUUCAUGUUGCUGCUAGUGAUGAAACCAAUUAAGGAAAUUUUGGCGGAAAGACAAGAGGUUAAGCAGGAUACCAUACCCAUUUGGCGGCUAUUGAUGGAUCCGUACAUUGCGGUUUGCGCUGGCGCUCUGACCAUGUCUAAUGUAGCAUUGGCUUUCUUGGAACCCACCAUUUCGCUAUGGAUGGAAGAUACGCUAACGAACGAUAACUGGAAGAUCGGCAUGGUGUGGCUACCGGCAUUCUUCCCACACGUGAUCGGUGUAGUGAUAACGGUUAAGAUGGCACGAAAGUAUCCGGAAAAGCAGUGGGUUAUGGCAGCAGGAGGUCUAGCCCUGGAAGGUCUCUGUUGCUUCAUGAUUCCUUUCAGUUCAUCGUACAUCGUUCUGAUGAUUCCGAUUUGCGGUAUAUGUUUCGGAAUUGCGCUUAUCGAUACAGCAUUGCUUCCAACACUCGGAUACCUUGUGGACGUCCGAUAUGUAUCUGUCUAUGGUAGUAUAUAUGCAAUUGCCGAUAUCUCUUAUUCGAUAGCAUACGCCGUGGGUCCAAUCAUAGCUGGCGGAGUCGUAGAAGCAAUUGGAUUCACUGCCCUCAACUUUGGCAUUGCCUUCUCGAAUCUACUGUACGCUCCAGUGCUAGGUUAUUUGCGCAAUAUCUAUGACUUCAAGCACUUUGAAAACGAAGCAAACGUGCUGAUGGGAGAUCCUCCGACCAAAGAAUACCAAACGUACACUAUGCAGGACCAACAAGCGGUCGGAACAGAGUACAAAAAUCACCUGGAGUACGGCCGGCAGCAAGACGACAGUGGCUACCAACAGCAGCAAGAAACAAAUAUCGAUCAGGGCUACUCGCAGAAUGGAAGCUACGAUCAGUAUCAACAACAGCCGGGUGGUUACCAAAACUACCAGCCCGGAUACCAGGAGCAAGGUGGAGUCUAUCAGCAGCAGCAGUCAUCGAGACAUCUUCCACAGCAACCGGUGGCUAAUCCGUUCCGGCAACAGGAACAGCAGCAGCAGCAGCAGCAGCAGCAACAAGCGCCAUCACAACCGCGGAUCUCCAAUCCGUUUAGGCAAGGUUUUUAAAUUGUUCGUUGUGAUUGUUCCCUGUUUUCUUUGUUCAUCCUACGGUGCGUUAGUAUAAUGUAUAGAAAUAAAAUGGUUUUAAACAAAUGGGAUGAGCGCAAGAUGGUACGAAACAAGUGAUGAGAGGGUUGAAAAGGUGUGCAGGAAUGCAGUUCAAAACUGGAAAAGCGAUGCGUGCAACAUGUAUUGUUGAGUUGAAAAUUCGUAGGAUUGUAUAGUCGCUAAGUGUUAAACAGAUAACUGUGUACCCAAAUUUGUCAAGGGACAAACAACCGUCAUCGAUUUCUCGAUAUUUGCAGUUUCUUUUAUCGUAAAUAUUAUUGCAAUAUCUCAUGAUAAAGUAGGUUUUGCAUAUGUGAUGAUUUGACGAUGAUGGUCUUUUACCCCUAAGACAUAACUGUAUUAUUCACUCGAGCAAAGAGAAGACGUAUGCAAAAGGUAUAGACGAAACUAUAUGAAUAUAUUUAAAGAGAUUAAGGCACUACCACCUAAGGACCUAGUUGAUAGAAGCCCUGCAGGUGCUCAGCUUGUUCCGAACUGCAUUGGUAUCAUAGACAUAUCAAACCAAGGUGAAACGCUCUAUUCGAUGCAGAGAAGCCAAGUCUUGGGCGCUAUUCGCAUGGCAUUUCAGUUUUAGUAAGCUUUUUGUUUUUGGGGAUCACCCAAACGUAUUCUUAACAUAUGAUACAACCAAGGUAGAACGAUACAUAUCAGAGCUUCGGCUCGCCUGAAUUUACCAAAGUGAUAUUAUAUGAUGAUUAUUACUUUUAGUACUUCAGGGCGCAACAGCGGUAUCCUCUAACAAGGACGUGCUCCAUUUAUCGGAGACGUUUAGCUGCGGGGAUACCGCAUUAUCUUCUAUACAGUUUUAAGUAGCUAGUAAGUGAUAGGGUCUAUAACAUAUACAGAAUUUAUCAAAUUAUCCGGAAGGUAAUACAGUACUGCAUCAACCGAUAAAACACAACCGCGCGUAACAUAACAUAUAAGUUCACAGCAGCAACAACUCGAAUCUUUGUGUAAAUUAUUCCUUUUUUCGGUUCGACCACAAGUGUGUGAAACAAAAGGAAAAAAACGAUCUCUAAUGAUAUCAAUUAAAAUAGUUAAAUCAAAUGACAACGGUGGGUUGGCGUGGCGACUGUCACGCGUCACCACCACCCACGUGUAUUCGAACAAUUAUUAUACAGAAAAAGAUAUUGUCAUAUACUUAAACACAUAAAAAUAUUACAUAUACACUGCUAAAGAUGAUGUAUUUAUUAGGAAAUCCACUCACCCACAAUGCAAAAAGUGCGGUGACGCAAUUUCACCAGCACGAGAACCUGAAAUAUCGCAGUCAUAUCAAUUUUACACCAAACAAACAAAACCUUAAACGACUCACAGCGGACGCAAACCCCUUUAAAAAAAAUAAGACUGGUAAAUUUACGUUGAUGCUUAGUACUUUAAGUUUCGAUUGGCUUGAUGGGCGUGUAACCAUGCUUAAGUAGAGUGUUGAGGAGUAACGAAAUGAGUGCAUUUUUUGUAAUUAAUAUCUUCGACGAUCAAUGUAGCGAAGAGUAAAGGACAGUUUGAAAAAAAUAUGUCGCACACAACACAACGCGCUGCUCUAGCCCUGGAACACAUAUUGUCGCGCGUAUCUUUUAUUCGAAUUCGGCGACGGUUGUACAGCCGUAGUGACACCCGCAAGGCAAAACAAAACGAAAAUAUGUUCUUUCCCAAAACAAAAGCACGCGCGCGUUUUGCGAAGUGACAGAUGUUUUUGACUAUAUUUGAGAUGAACGGCAAUAAGAUCACUGAGGUGAGUGUGCUUGCUGUCAAAUUCCAUUAUAAAAUUCCCUUAACGCUGUUAUGAUUACCGUCUUACCCCUCUGGUUCGACACGUUUUAAUACGACACUUUUUAAUUCGUACCCCGCUUAUUCGACACAUGUCGAAUAAAAAAGUGUUCAGAUGUCACAGCGAUGUACAAUGUAAAUGCAAAACAGUUUGUUAUUGCGCUUAUACUCGCACCCGCAGCAGCUCCUCUUGCAGCCGCUAAUUUCGGAAGUUCUUAUUUGGUGCUAUUCAACACCCAAACCGCCUGGAGACGAACCGGGAUGAACUGAAAAUGGCAACAACCGUAAAAAGAUCGAGCUUUUCAUUCGCGCCACCGCAAUAUUUGUUGAAAUUAUGUUUCAUAACAAAUCCAGAAAUCAAAACAAAAACAAAAAUAGAGUUGCCAAAUUUCAAUGAGCAUGGUGGUGUAGAGUGACCAGUUUGUCGAAUUAAAAGUUUACCCCGGUUAUUCGACAGCAGUCGGUGUCGUAUUAGCGGGGUAAUACGGUAGUAACUGUAACAAGAAACGCAAUCGUAUUUAUUAUGCGCGACUGUAGAGCCAACUUCGUCUGAGAAAAGUGCAAAGAAUUUUGAGAUUUUUUGACGAAGAUUUUCCAAGCAACGCGCAGCGAAUGUUUUGAAAAUCUCUUCGUUUAUUUUGAACACUACAGGCAUGGACUAUAAUUACCAUAUAUUUCAAAAAAGUCUCGAUACUUAGCAACUAACUGUCCUCUACUAUUCACUACACCCUCAAUUAAGAACGUCUCUGAUGAUAACCAAACUAGCCAAGGUAACUUGCUUUUGAUUAAAUUUGAUUUGAUGAUUUGAUCACAGACAAACAGACGUAACACUUCGAACAUUUUUCGAUUCAAAUCAUAGUCACGAAAACAUAUUCGCCCAAUGCUAAAAGGCCUAUGUUUGGCCGACCACCAAGUAGGUGGCGGUAGUGAGCAAACGUCAAACUCGAACAAAAACUAUGCGAGCGCCACGGUUGGGCAGUUGGCCAACUGUCAAAUUUUGAAAAAGACCGUUAAACCGGUGUACGAUGGGAAUUAUCAGAGUGUUACGUCUGUUUGUCUGUGAUUUGAUGAUGCAUAGCGUUUAGCAAUUUUCUUACGAUAUCAGUUCAUUUGUGUAAUACAAAUAACGCUUCCUAUUAGAACGGUUCAAUUUGAAAAAAUUGCAUUAUUACAUUUGAUUUAACAUGUUUUCAUUCGAAUUCUUGAAACAAUGAUCAGUAAUGCCAUAGCAAUUUUGUUUUCAUACUAAGUACUACACAAACAAUUGCAAGUUCAACAUAGAUUUCAAAGAUGAUUGACUGUAAAACUUUAAAGCAUCUAAAAAUUCCUACUUGAACUUGCACAAACAGCCCCAAGUAAUAUUUUGAUUACCAAUUAGUCUUGUAGAGAUUUUGAGAUUUGUUAUAAAACCGAAUAUCCUUUGUUUUGGUUUUAAGAUGGUCCUUAGACCACUUCUCCUUUAUUUGACAAAAAAUGUUACUUUGGAGUAGGUACGCGUUUCAGUUUGUAUUGUAAUUUUACAAUAAGGGCGUUCUGAAAUUAGCUCUAAUUGAAAGAAAAAUAGUUUGAUUGAUAUUUUAUUCCAAGUAAAAAAGGAAUCUAUUUCUUAAAUGCAUCAUUCUGCAGGAGGUUAACUUCAAUCUUAUCUUUUAUGAUUUCCAAACUUCAGCACAUUGUCAAUCAUCAUUUCAGGCUUUAUUUAGGUUAGGUUCGCAAAUGCCAAGCAUAAACCGUCUUUCAAGCAAUUUGAGUCUUUAUUAUUUUGCUUCAAGCUAAUUCUGUACGGUUCACUGAAAGACGCACAAAUUAUAUGAAGAACAACGCGUUGAACAGACGUUUUCUGAGCAGGUAUAGUAAAGCAAGUAGCAACUAAUCUUCAGAUAGAUACUCAACCCACUAAUCCGCAGUAGUGAACGAAGCGACACGAUUUUAUGAAUAUGAUAAUCCAAAAGCAAUAUUGAUACAAAAACAAGAGCCCAUGUUUUUUAAUGGAAAAAGAAGAAAUAAGUCACGAUCAUAUAAAUCCCAAUGCAUAGUUUUCUUCCAACAGUGUAUGAUUUCAUAUCAAUAAAAAUGUUUAUUAGAUUUUCUUUUAAUUUGAUCAGGAUAAUAGAAUCUUGACUUUAGUGAAAUUCAUGCGUGAGAACAAGGAAGUGUGGAACUCCUGGAAUAUCACCAAUUUCGAACAAAAACGGGUGAUACCGAUUAUUCCAACUAUCCGAGGAACUCCUUAUAAAUUUGUUUGGGAAUUCGCUUGAAGAUUUUUUCCAGAAUUUGUUCCGCAAUUCUUCUGAGCAUUUAUCUCGAAACUCUAUCCAAGAUUGCUUUCUUGAACUCCUCUUUGGAUUUCUACCGCAGUUGUUUCCUUAUAAUAUUUCGUAGUUUUCACAAAAUUCUUCUAACGAUUUCUCUCCGAGUUGUUUCUUAAACUCAGUAAAGGUUUUGUUUUCCUGGCGGUUUCCCAAUUUUUUUAGGAGUUUCUCCCAUUUCUUUCGUAUUUCCUUCCGAAUGUUUUUUUUUAUGUUCCAACCGGAAUUUAUGAUAGUUGUUGCAGGGAAUUCUGCCAGAGUGUGAUCCAGUAUUUCUGCACAAGUUUUUCACGAGGUCUGAGCUUGAGUACCUCGCAGAACAUCUUGAGAUUUUUUUUCGAAAUGCUUACAGAGUAUCGUCACCUUAUUUUUAGGAAAUCGUUCUAAAAGUUCUAAAAUUUGUUCAACGUUCAUCAGGAACUUUUUAGUGGUUUUCUAGGAUAACUUGUCAACAGUUUCUCCCGGGAUUUUUUUCAAAUUUUUUUCUGGAAAAUUUUUCGGGAUUUCCAUUGAGUUCCUCUCGGAUUUUUUCUUACUGUUGUUCAGAUUUUCUCCUGGAAUUUUGCAAAUAUUAUUUACACACUUUGUUACAAGAUGUCCCAGUUUAUCUCAGAAUUCCAAAACCACUCUGGAGUUUUCUUCCAUAGAUCUACAGGAAGUGUCUUGCAAGAUUUCAAAGUAUUUCUUCCGAUAUUUCUACGGAAAUUUCUUACAACGAAUAUUGUAGGUCACCUAGGAGGUAUUCCGAGUAAAACUCUUGAAAAAACGUUGCAAGAGCUCUAGGAACAGCUAUUCAAGAAAACCCCAAAAGAACACACAGUAGUAGGGAUUCCGGUAAAAAUUUCAUGAGUAAUCAGGGUGAAAUUUCUUGAAAAAAUCACAAAAGGUUCACUACUAUAAAUCCUGGAAUCCACUAUAUAGCAAAGAUUGAAGAAACCAUUAAAAGAAAUCUCAGGAAGAACUCUAUGCUGCUGCAGUACUCCCAGAAAAAAAAAAACUCCUAUAGAACCCCUGAAAAAAUCUUGGGUGCAAGUUCAGGACAAAUCCUGAAAUACUUAGGAGACACACCUUGAGAGCAGCUCCGCAAAGACCGGGAGAAAUUUCAGAAGAAAUCACAUUUGAAACUUCAAGAAAAAUGCCGCAAUAACGUUUAAGAAAUACCCUGAGAGAAACUAUUGUGGAAAUUCCAGGAUACACUUUAAAAGAAGCUCACAUAAUUAUCUUAAGAAAUUACCGCAUCCGUGAAAUAUUCACAGAGAAACUUCUGUAGAAAUCCCAGGUUUAAAUCCUAGGAGAAAUUUCAUGUAAGUUGAGUGAAACGCGGGUAGAACUCUGGAAAAAAAAUCCGUGAGGCCCUCUAAAAACAAAAGCGAGCAACCUCUGCAAGAAAUUCUGCAGGAUCCUCGUGAAAAACUUCAGAGGAAAUCGUUCGGAAUUCAGGAAUUCGGGAACAUUCUCAAUCACUUGGGGAUCUAAGUACUACGAGCUUCACCAAAAUCGCUACAGCUUAAAUAAUAUUUUGGUGACCAAUUAGGCUUAAAAAGGUUUUGAGUGGCGGUUCCUAAAACCUAAUACCUUUUAUUUUGGUUUUAUAAUGGCUCUUAGAUCCUUUUUAGUAUAUUUGACAAAUCCCGGAAAUUGGAAUUCCAUGGGAUUAUUAUGGAGUUCCGGAAAGAUUCUUCAGUCCUUAAAAGGCUUCCGACAGUAUUUCGAGAAAUUCCAAUGUCAUUUCGUGUGGUUUAAAUAGUUUUGACUGGCAAUCUAUGCAAAUCCAUAAUUUUGAAAAACUUGUUGAUGAAACUUGCACAAGAUAGAGUUAUUGCUUGUUUCUUGAACAUUAUUGCAUUAUUUUUUGAAAUUGUUUACGUAUAAUAAUGUUCGAAAAUUUUGUCUCAGUAGAUGCUCUAGCUUUUCAUCAUGACUGUACACAGGGUGAAAAAACAACGAUCACUUAUUUUUAAAGCAUGAUCAUCAGUUAAAAAAACUCGGUCAUGAUGUUAAGAACAAAUUCAAUAACGGAUGUUCAGCAAGGUUUGUGGUUCUCACCAAAAUUUAGAAUCGAAGAAAAAUGCUGUAUGUAUUUUUUUUCCUUACCUUACUACCAGCAGUAAGAGAAAUUAGAGUUUGAAUGAGUAAUAACUGCUUAGCUAGAAUACUAUCCUUAAAGAAAUUAAAUAUUUUGUUGUUCCGUUUUAGAUUUAUUAAUGUGCAAAGAUAUGGACAAAUCAAAUGUAUGGUUAUUAUAAAAAAAAUGUAUUUUUCAGUUAAUAUCUUAAAACACUAUUUUGACUAUAAUAUUGAGAAUUGUUUAGGGUUCCAAUAUUUUGAUGAAACAGAUACAAAUCCACGGCGUGCCUGGCUGGUCACUACUUAUCCCUUUUCUACAUAUAAACGGGAUUUGGGAUAUUUUUCAUUAAAAUUUGCGUUUUAUCGACAACCUAAUACUUUGCUGCACAAAAAAUUGUAAAAAUAAAAAUCAAACCAUUUUAACCAACCUUCAUUAACUCAAACUGAAUGAAUAAAAAAGAUAUGUUCUUUUAAUCAUUAUAAUUUAUUGCAAUUGACCCUUCUCACAACAACGGAAUGGACUAGAAAUGUUACAGCUACCUUAAAAUCACCGAAAGAACCGAUCAGUGUUACAAAAAGACUUUCUCAUUUAUCGAUGUUCGUGACAUAAAUCGUGAAAAGAGUUGUAUUGUUAAAUGUAUUGUACAAUUGAAACAAACAUAAAACUAAUUACAAAAAAUACAGCAUCUUAACAGGAUAAUCUUACUUAUAGGCUCUAUAAUUAUUAUUAAAAAUACACUUGUUAGAAUGCAAAUCAACCAAACCUAAAUAGCUGUAGAAAAUGACCACAACAUUAAUAAUUACUCACAUUAACCCACACACAUCUCUACUACAUCGAAUAAAAAAACGUCAAGCUCAGUUUCCACUACUCUAGUCAAACGCAUCUACUGCCCCUAAUCUGUGCUACACGUCCAUGUUAACAUUGAUUCACUUACUCACAUACACCAAUUCGCUCAUAUCACAAACAAUGUUCCUGUCGUUUCAAAUCCAACUACAUUUGCAAACUAUUUGCCUUUUAUGCACUCUAUAACAAACGCUAUCUCUUUCUUGUAAAAUUGUUCACACAUGUUGAAAACCUGAUCACUUGUGUAAAGUUCUGUGCUCUUUAUAAUAGACUUUAGUUAAAGUGAAAUUAAAAUUGUAACAAUUUAGGAAAUAUAUGUACAUACAAAAUCAAACAUGAGUCAUAAUGAUUAAGGUGCCGGCACGUGUAAUACUAAUCGUAAAAAUGCAAACGUAGCUGAACGAACCCUAGACGAAGUGCUCUCGGACCGUUCACCAACGGUGGUGGAGUUCCAGACAGACAAGGGUGAUGCGAAGUUGAAACAAACAUAUAAAAAACACAAAACUCGUAAUCAUAAGAAUCAUUUCAUGUUACAUGUCACUCGCGUCAACACCGAUAGGAACAAAAUUCAUUUCUUCAUCAGUGGUGGAAAUUGCUAGCAAUGGGUUCAAAACUCACGCUUUCGCCAGAUUGACAAAAAAAAACAAAUAACCGGCUUUUAUUGACGUAGGAAGUACGCAACUGCUGUAGAAUGGCGUAACAAUUAAUGCAUUUUAACAAACAAACACAAUGUUAACCCACCCCUUAGCUCCCGCAAGAAUCGCAAUUAUCACGUCUCGAAAUGUACAAGUACAUCUGGGCGACUUUUAGUCACUAUCAUCUUCAUCUGCUCUCAUCAUAGUACUCGGUUAAUCACGUAAAGCAAACUCACUCACAAACAUGAUCGAAAGUAUUAUCAGAACCACAUCUGCAUAUCAACACUUAUACAGAAGCGGAAUAAAAUACAAAAUAUUACAAAUUCAAUAUAGCUGUUCUUAAAACGAAUUCGAUAAGGAAACAUAUUACAACCAAUCCGAGUAACGUGCUUGAGAAGAAGACAGUGAAAGAAUGGUGAAAAAGUUAUAGUUCUAUGAGAUAAACAAAAAAAAAACUAACAAACAAUAUCAUAUAACGAAAGAGUGGGAGUAAUCACGCUGCACAUAUAGAAAAGAAAACAAGAAUGACAAAACAAGCAUGGCCGAGUAAGUCGCUGCAGGAGAAUUAGGUCGCGUAAAGUGGAAAUAUGGAAGCGGUAUGAGAAAAGUACAGAAGUCUGGACGGAAAAAGCAUUGUAACGAUGUUGAUACGAGAGAAAAUGAUUAUAGAAAUAAAAAUUUAGUUCAACAUGA